AAAAUCAUUUGAUCGCGGCUAGUCGGAAACUUUCUUCUGAAUAGAUUCGACACGAUGGUUGGUUUAGAGAUGAACGAGUUGAAAAAGAUCGGUUUGGGCCUGACCGGAUUUGGUGUCUUUUUCCUGUUUUUCGGAGUCAUUUUCUUCUUUGACAAGGGGCUACUCGCCGUUGGAAAUAUCCUAUUCGUCUCGGGAGUUAUGACGACCAUUGGAGUCCAAUCCUCCUUGCAAUUCUUCACCAAACGCGGCAACUUUAAGGGCACGGUUUCUUUUGGUAUCGGGUUCUUCCUUGUAAUUAUCGGGUGGCCCGUUAUAGGAAUGGCCGCAGAGGCUUAUGGAUUCAUUAUUCUUUGCAGUGGCUUCUGGUCCACAAUAUCAGUUUUCAUGCAGAAGAUUCCUGUUAUCGGUUGGCUUUUUCAACGGUUUGGGCUCAAUCAACCGUAGUAAGAUGCUGGGUAUCAAUCCAUGUGCGGGUUUUUAAAUCUUACCGUCGAUCUUUAACCUUUUUUUUUUGCUUGUUAGAUUGAUUUAUAUCAUUUUUUUUCAAUCAAUCUUGUCGCUUUGGUUGUUUAGAUUGGCCACACUUAACUUAAGUUCAUUGAUUUGGUAAUUUAGUUUAUUGGCAAGAUCAUCCUAAAUCCUAAUGUUCAUAGUUGGGCCAU